AUGGAUGAACCAACAACGCUCGUUGCUUCAUCGUCAGCAAGUAUGUUUUCAAGUUGGCUGAUUGUUGUUGGCAUGCUAAACCCCUGGCUACAGAUUUCUAUUCACGCCGGAUCGAUCGAGUUACCCAUAUUACAUCCUUCCUUUCGGCAGACAACUUCCCCUGUUCAAGCCGAAUGGGACCUAUUUCGUGCGUCUUCAGAACAGUCCCCGGGGCAUUUUCAAUGGAACGCCCCCCCACGACGGUCAACCACCGAGGAAGAUUCCGAUUCCAAUCAAAGUCAGCACGACAGUGUUGAAGAAUUUUGCCCGCCUCUGUCAACAUGGAACGCCACACACAAAGCCAGGCGACGAAGUGCACAUCGUAUCACCAAACCCACUAGAUUGCCCGUCGUGCCAGUCGUUCCUCAAACCAUCAUGUCCGACAGACAACCCAACGAAUCAAGCCCAGAUCUGUUCGAUUUCACGAGCACCAAUAUUUUCUGUGCUCAGCCGAGUCAUGAUCCUAUGGUUUUGAACCAUGGAAAUGGUGCCACAAACUUCGCCUUAUCUCAAGGCGAGGAGUUCACUGCGGAGAAGGUCCAUUCGAAGCGCAUCGCACACAAACUAUCCGAGAAGACACGGCGGAAUCGGUUGACACUUGCAAUACGAGAGAUUCAGAAGCUCCUACCUUCGGAAAGUGAUCGGGACGACAUGCUACUACCAGACAAUGAGCUGCUUAUCCGGCCAGGCGUCCCGAGCAGCAAGCUAGAUGUGGUCGAGAUGGCUAUUGGUUUUAUCAGAAAGCUCAAGGAAGAGAAUGUCGACAUGACAAAGAAGCUGCGGGAACUUGAACAGAAGUCAGCACAAAAGUGUCGAUGUCAGAAGGAGGAACAUGGCCAGGAAAAGACCCCGCCGGUGGAGGAGCCAGAAGAUCAAGCGAAAGAGUAG